GUCUGGCUCAGGCGGGGACAAUGACGAUACCAGCGUGUACGAAAUGAUGUGCAGUGCAGGGAAUCUUUCCAUCACAGACACACAGAAACUGCAACAGGUGGAGGAAAAAGAGGGGGAGGAUGAAGAUCUCUACGCACCACUGGGGGUGAAUGGUGAAUACGACACCAUCCUGAAUUCAGCUAAAGCAAAAGCAGUGGUCAUUGCCAACCGCCCACCAGCACCCACACCCCGGCCUGAAGGCACCCAGUUGAUGGACAGCAAAACCCCUUACAUCACUCAAGUGUUCCAGAGGAAGAAAACACCAGGCGAUGGAGAUCUGUACUCACUUCCCUCUAAACAAGCAGCACGCGGGCGAGAAGGCAGCGUCUCUACCACCUACGACACCUUUGUGCCAAACCAGAUAGACGGGCUUCAGCAGCUCAUUGAGUUCCAGCAGCAGGUGAAGGCAGGCUCGCUUACUGUGGACGAGGCUCUCGAGCUCUUCAGCGACUGGCAGCACGUUCAGAAAGACUUGGAUGCCAAGCAGCAGCAGAAGCUGAGCCAUCUGAGAGCCACUAUCAUAAACAACAGAGAGGCAGACGACAGCGUCUAUGAUAAAAUCAACAUCGUUCAUCACACGGCAAGUGUUGCGGUGAAUGGAAGUCAAAGAGGAAACCAACCAGCAGAGUCUGAUUUUUACAGCAAGCCGCUUAAAGCACAGCAGACGGCUUUUUUCCGAAAAUCCGAAAAACGGUGAAUGCAAGUCCUAUAUCGAUUAGAAAUAAGAAGUGAAAGGAUGUUACACAGUCCACAUCCAGCUUAACCCUCCUCUUAUAGGAUAACUUGUA